UCUGGUCUCACCUCUGUGUGACUCUGCAGUGUCACACGUUUCCUCACCAGGAGCAGGAAGAACCGGUCAGAAAGCAACAGAAGCAGAAAGCAGGAGGUGGCGAAGUCAUGUUCAGACUCCUCAGCCGCCAAGGAAAGAGGACGCGGAGCUGCGUCUCGAGCCAGCGCCGCCAUGAGCACUACCGGGCCGUCAUGGCCAUCCGCCGCGAGGACGUCAACCCCUGGGAGAGGAGGGCCCCGCUGGCCCCGAAACACGUCAAAGAGCUCACCACCGCCGGCGUCAAGGUCCUGCUCCAACCGUCCAACCGCAGAGCCAUCCACGAGAAGUACUACAUCGGGGCGGGGGCCGUAGUUCGGGAGGACCUUUCUGAGGCCUCUCUGAUAAUCGGGGUGAAGAGGCCGCCGGAGGAGAAGAUCAUUCCCAGGAAGACGUACGCUUUCUUCUCCCACACCAUCAAGGCUCAGGAGGCCAACAUGGGGCUUCUGGAUGACCUGCUGAAAAAGGAGGUCCGUCUGAUCGACUACGAGAAGAUGGUCGACGCCAACGGCUUCAGGAUCGUAGCGUUUGGUCACUGGGCCGGUAUCGCAGGAAUGAUUAACAUUUUGCACGGAUUGGGGCUUCGCUUCCUCGCUCUCGGCCAUCACACACCCUUCAUGCACAUCGGCAUGGCUCACAACUACCGGAACGUCAGCCAGGCCAUCCAGGCAGUGAGGGAUUGUGGGUACGUGAUAUCCAUGGGGCUCAUGCCCAAAUCUAUCGGCCCCGUGACGUUUUGUUUCACCGGCACCGGCAACGUCUCCAAGGGAGCCCAAGACAUCCUUAACGAGCUUCCUGUGGAAUACGUUGAACCUCACGAGUUGAAGGACGUCUCUGAAACAGGAGAUAUGACCAAAGUGUACGCCACCGUUCUGAGCCGACAUCACCACCUGAUGAGGAAGAGCGACGGCAUCUAUGACCCCAUGGAGUACGAGGACCACCCGGAACUUUACACCUCGCACUUCAGGACCAGCGUGGCGCCCUACACAACCUGUCUGAUCAACGGUAUUUACUGGGACCCCCAAACCCCCCGACUCCUCAGACGUCUGGACGCCCAGAAGCUGAUGCGACCGCUCAAGACCGCACCUGCAACCACCGAGGGAUCACCAGCGCUGCCUCACAGAUUGCUGGCCAUCUGUGACAUAUCAGCUGACACCGGGGGCUCCAUCGACUUCAUGAACGAGUGCACCACCAUCGAUAAGCCCUUCUGCAUGUACGACGCCGACCAGCACAUCGACCAUGACAGCGUGGAGGGAAACGGGAUCCUCAUGUGCUCCAUCGACAACCUCCCCGCUCAGCUCCCCAUCGGAGCCACGGAGUACUUCGGAGACCGGCUCUUCCCCUACCUCUGGGAGAUGCUGCCUUCAGACGCCACCAGACCGCUGGACGAAGAGGAGUUCAGCCCGCAAGUCAGAGACGCUGUCAUCACAUCAAAUGGAGUCCUCACCCCAAAGUUUGAAUACAUAGAAAGACUUCGAGAGAAAAGAGAGAAGGCUCAGAUCAUGAAGAAGGCUGGGAUGAAGCGCGUUCUGCUGCUGGGUUCAGGUUACGUCUCCGGACCCAUCGUGGAGUAUCUGACCCGUGACGAGAAGACCCAGGUCACCGUGGCGUCGGUGCUGCUGAAGCAGGCGGAGGAGCUGGCAGCCAAAUAUCCAAACACCAUCCCCAUCAUGCUGGAUGUUGGCAGCCAGGAAGGACACCUGGAUUCUCUGGUCAAAGAUCAUGACUUGGUCAUCAGCAUGCUGCCGUACACUCUUCACCCGCUCAUCGCCAAACACUGCAUCAACAGGAAGGUCAACAUGGUGACGGCCAGCUACCUGAGUCCGGCCAUGAAGGAGCUGCAGAGCAGUGCGGAGGAGGCGGGCAUCACCAUCGUGAACGAGAUGGGACUGGACCCGGGUAUCGAUCACAUGCUGGCCAUGGAGUGUAUCGACAAGGCCAAAGCCGACGGCUGCACCGUGGAGUCCUACAGCUCGUUCUGCGGCGGUCUUCCCGCUCCCGAAUGUUCAGACAACCCUCUUCGCUACAAGUUCAGCUGGAGUCCGUACGGCGUCCUCCUCAACACCAUCAGCCCCGCCAUCUUCCUCCGAGACAACCAGGUGGUGAGUAUUCCUGCUGGCGGCGCUCUGAUGGAGUCCAGCUCGCCGAUGGAUUUCUUUCCUGGUUUCAACCUGGAAGGAUUUCCAAACCGCGACAGCACCAAGUACGCCGAGUCCUACGGCAUCCAGACGGCACACACACUGAUCAGAGGAACACUGCGCUUCAAGUCUUGA